GGUAAACGCAGUUCCGCUUUGAUGCCAAGCCGGUUAUUCAAUGUCGCGGGACUCUGAUAUAUAGAAAACUGAGGUUUGCUCCAUUGCAGUCCAUGAGUAGGGUGGAGCAAGGCUCCUGCGUCCUGUACUUGAGAGAAUUCUGACUCGGCUUAUUGCUCAAGUUCUCAACCUUGCCAACUUGAACUCUCAUCGUGCGUGUUUCACUACUUUUGAGUAGGAUAUCCAUCAAGUCUUUGCCAAUCAUCAAUUGUCCUAAUAUGACGAGCCACCAAGACAGAAUCUCUUUUGCGAGUAUCGGCACAGGUCUGAUUGGCCCGAGACAUGCCAGAACAGUCGUCCAGAGCUCCGAGGCGGAGCUUGUCGCCGUGGUCGAUCCCGCGCCAGCUGGAGCUCAACUGGCAGCUGAGUUGAAUGUAGCACACUACACCUCUGUUGGCGACCUUCUGCAAUCGGAACAUGUGCCUCAAGCCGCAAUUGUUUGCACCCCGAACCACACACAUGUCGCCGUUUCGAAGCAGCUUUCCUCGGGAGGGGUCCAUGUGCUCGUGGAGAAGCCCAUCAGCUCCGAUAUCCCGAGUGGCACCGAGCUACUGAGUCAUCUCCAAACCACCGAAGUCAAGACACUCGUAGGGCAUCAUCGACGAUUCAAUCCCUACAUCAUCAGUACCAAAAAAGUACUCGAUUCUGGAGCUCUAGGCAAGAUCAUGGCCAUCAACGGGCUCUGGACCACCUACAAGCCGGGCGAUUACUUCGAGGCCCCUACCGAAUGGAGGCAGGGAAAAGACGGAGGAGUCAUCUUGAUCAAUGCAAUCCACGAAAUCGACCUGCUUCAUCAUCUUUUAGGGCCAAUCACCAGAGUCCAUGCGGAAAAGACUGCAUCGCAGCGAGGUCAUGAAGCCGAAGAAGGUGCGGCCCUCACACUUCGAUUCAAAUCAGGUGCUGUCGGGACGUUCCUCAUCUCGGACAACGUCCCAUCGCCCUACAACUUUGAGGCGGGGACGGGCGAGAAUCCUCUGGUUCCCAAGACGGGACAGAACUUUUACCAAAUAUUUGGCUCCGAGGGAACACUCAGCGUGCCUGACUUGUCGAUAUGGUCGUACAAGGGCACGAAUAAGUCGUGGCAUUCCGAGAUGGCGAAAGAGAAGUUGGCGGUAGAAGAUGGAAUCCCGUUUGAACUGCAGCUUGCGCAUUUCUGCCGUGUGAUCCAAGGCAAAGAAUCACCCAGCUGCUCGCCGCAGGCAGGUCUUGCUGCACUGAUUGUUUGCCAAGCAAUCAAGGAGGCGUUGGGAGCAAACAGUACCGUUGAGAUUCCGGACUAUGAUUUGUAGGUCUCUUCUUGGCUCAGUGGCUUAGCUGCAAGAGGUAGUUAAGGCCCUGAUCUCCUCGCG